AUCGAGAACACAACCGAGAGCAGUUCCGAGGGUACUUUGACAACGAAAGGCUCCUCUGCGCAUGGCCGCGGAUCAGAUCCGCCUGUGUUUCUUCCGUGUGUUUGCUCCACCGACGAUGAUGAGAUUCCCUUCCAUGUGAUAAACUCAACGGUCAUUUGAUCUCGCAGGGUUGAAAGCGGUGGUCUCAUACCAAUAAGCACCGUCGCUCGAAGGAUGGUGCAGUCGACGACCAUGCGGUUCCAUGUUUGACAGUCAUUGUACACUUGAGCACGGAAGCCGUAGAAAUGUCGAAUGACAUCCUGUCAUGCCAGCCAUUGCUUCCACCUUGCCUUCUCGAUCUUAAAGUCCACCGAAAACGAAUGCGACGGAUAGACAGGCGGACAGACAGACAGACAAAGGACAAAGGAAAACAGAAAAGUGGGUCAUCAGCCAUUGAGAAACACCAUCGAGGAGAAAACUCGAAGGAAAGGACCCCCGAGAAGAGCCUGACGAUGAUGAGCGAGCGAGCGAGCGCAAAGUGCCCAAUCGGGAAACUCGAGGCUAUACGACUCCAGUCUUUUUUUUUGUCCGUCGCUGCAGCCAGCUUGCCAGCUUGCCAGCCUGCCCGCCCGCCCGCCGCCAGCGCAGCCUUACGCGCGAGCGAGCAGACUUUGGACAGCGAGUCUCCAUUUUAUAUGCAACGCGCGAACCAAUCAGAAAUCCGCCGAGAACAAAGAGGCGACGGCACCCUUGUCGAGGAUCUUUUCCAGUGGUCUUUCCACCACCCUAUUGCCAUGGUACAGUAGUGAGCUGGAGGGCUCCACAUCACAGGAUGUAUCAUCCCGAGGCGCGGAAAAUUCCAAUUCGACGGCGGGUAUCGAUGGUGUGUUGAUGGCGUCUGGGCUACA